AUGGCCCAGCAGAGCUGCAUAUCGCUCCAGGGCUCCACCGCCUGUCCGGCCUUUAGCUCGGCCGCCGUCGACACCAACCAGUCCGCCAACUUUCCAUUUCUCAAGUUUGUAUCCAGUACCCAGACAUUUGAUCAAGGCCUGCGAAACUACAUCCAGACUAGCUACGCACAGAGACAAUACCAAGACAUAUUAGGCUGUUCACGCGUCAACUUGACAAACACGACCAACCUCUAUGCGCGCUAUACAACAACCGUCCUGUGCAACGCCAUUAUCCAGUCGUCCAAGCAGUCAUGUGGCCUCAGCGAACAAGCUGCAACGCCGCUCUGCGCCGGUGCCUGUGCCGACUUUGCCAUCAGUGAACAAGUCAUAGUUUCAAGCCCAGAACUAUGCGGCCAACCAGGCGAUAAUGCAGUGCCCCAGAUUCGCUCCGACUUUACCCGUUGCUCCAACCCGGGAAACGCACUCAGCAACAACUGCAUCGAAGCUGUCAAGAACGAGCCGGACGAGUGUGGAUAUCAAAACAACGUCGAAGGACUGUGCCUUUUCUGCUCCGGAAGCACCGCAAACUCGACGGAUUCCUGCUGUGUCAAUGCCAAUGUCGAAACCCGCUGCCAAGGCGUCAAACUGCCUACCACGAUUUCCAUGCCUCCCGUCUUCCCGUCGAGCACCUCGUCUGCCGUGCCAAGCUCUACCAGCGGAGCAUCGUCUGGCGGACACAACGCCAAGAGCGGCCUCUCCAGUGGCGCCAUUGCCGGCAUUGUCAUCGGAUCUCUCAUCGGCGCCGGUCUAGUAAUUGCUGCAGUCAUCUUCUGUUGCAUGAUGAUGCGUAGAAAGAAAUAUACACAAGCCAACAGCGUUUUCAACACUCCAUCACCAUCGCGACGCCACUCUCCCAGAGGCAACAGCAUACCGCCACCCAUGUCUUUUGGCGGUGAGGUCAACGAGCCAGCCACCAUUCUCCCAGGCUCGCGUGUUCAACGAAUGUCGGCCUUGGAGGAAGCUCCUUCGGCCAACAACAGCGAUAGGGGCGGCCGUCUGACUGCUUACGAUGGAUCUCACCUCGGCCCGUAUGAUUCACCAGAGUCGAUACGAGGUGCUCUGGCCGGAGGACUCCCAAAGCGCCAGGGCUCGUUGUCUAGCCACUCGAUGUUGGGAUCAAGUUCUUCACCCCUUUCCGGCUCCGACCAAGCUCGCAACCUGUCGAGUCCAGACGGCAUCGCUUCGGGCCAGUCGGAACAGCUACAAUUCUUCAAGGACUACUAUUCCCAAGACGACAUUCACCCCAACGACACGGUUGCCACACUCUGGGCCUACCAACCCCGCGCCGGAGACGAAUUUGAGCUGGAAAGAGGCGAUAUGCUCAAAGUUGUGGGCAUCUGGGAUGAUGGCUGGGCCACGGGUGUGAGGCUUUCCGAGACAGCGGAGCAGUGGGAGGCACGGAAAUCCGAACAACGCGACUCCGGUGUGAGCAACGCAAGCAGACAUCAUUCGCCGGUCGAAUCCGACAGCGAGAUCAAGGCCUUCCCCUUGGUUUGCGUGUGCUUGCCGCAGCACUGGCGAAAGACAAUCGAGGGCGACAGCACGGGCAUCGGAGGGCACCGCAGUCGAGGUGACCGAGGGCCUUCCAGCCCUUAG